UUAAAAGGACUAGAGUUGAGGAGAUGAAAAAGACAGUGAGUUAGGCACUGAACUAACUCAUGGAGGAAAGAAAAGAAGGGUUCUGGGGACUGGCAGAUUAUAAUGAUCAGAAUCUUGACAAAGUGUGGACUCAAUGAACUUGAAACAAGGAGAGGGUAAUGAGUGGUAGUAAUAAAGAAGUUUGGAAGUAGCCAUGGAGGGCAAGGAGAGUUCUGACUUCCCUGUCAUAACCAGUGAACGUUUGAAUGACAAUCUGAUCAGUGCUGGAAAGAGUGGCCAAGGAAGCUGUGUAUCCCAGGAGCCAGCUAACUCAGUGAGUCAGAAGAUGGAAGGGAACAUGAACAGAAAAUUCUCAAGAUAAAAUCAAGAGUGUUACCAAGAAGCAGGCAGACAUUUCAAGAGAGCACAGUAGAAAGGAGCCAAUAGAUUUGGAGAGGGGCGUUGUGGAUUGGGAGAGGUAGAAUUGGGAGGAAUGGGAGUUAGGAAACCAAUGGUGGGGAAUGGAGCUUGUACAAUGACAUUAGGGGUUCAGAAUCACUGGACAGGGGACUGUGACUGGGUGGGAAUGUGAAUCACCGAGGAAUAAAUCGAGGCAGAAUUCUGAUCAGUGACUGGAGGAAGACUCAUGGAAGGAUGCAGGAGACUAGACUUUUCUAGGCUCUCCUGAAGUCCAGCUUUGUGGUAGCUGAUGGAGAUACUGGAUCCUUUGAGGCCCAAGUGGCUAGAUUCAAAACAAGCGACAGCAGAAGAAAAUACAACCUGGGAAUAGAUAGCAGUUCAGGUUGGGUCUGAUCUGAGCAAGACUUUCUCAGUACUGAAUGAAGACCAAGGCCAUAGACUGGGAAUUGCUUUCUGAGAUGUGUCUAGAAUGAAGGGUCCCAAGACAGAGAGCUGGUUCCUGAAUUGAAUUCAGUGUUUCCUUUAAAAAUCCUUACUUGAUCUGUUCUACAGGUCCUACCCUUCAUGGCUAAGUUCCUUGAGAAAGCCCCCUACAGUCAGUACUUCCAGUUCCUCUGGUUUCACUAUCUUCUAAAUCCUUUGCAAACAGAGUUAAAAUGGAAAUAUGUUUUGCAUGACUUCACAUGUAUAAUUGACAGCAUAUUGCUUGUUCUUCUCAAUGGGUGAAGGAAGUGUGGAAGGGAGGGAGAGAAUUCUUAAAUUUUUUUUGAAAUGUACCCCCCAAAAAUUUAUGUGACCCUGGGCAAGUCACUUAACCCUGUUGGCCUCAGUUUCCUCAUCUAUAAAAUGAGCUGAAGAAGGAAAUGGCAAACUACUGUGCUAUCUGCCAAGAAAGCCCCCAGUGAGGUCAUGAAAAGUUGUACGUGACUGAAAACAACUGCUUUAGUUUCCUCAACUGUAAAAUGAGGAUAAUAAUAACUCCACGCUGCUCCACAAAAUAGCUUUCUAAAUAUAAAAUUCUGGGAUAUCCACCGCCAUGGUUGAUAACUGGAUGCAAAACUCUAAGGACCUCAUUCCUUGUGCUCUGACCACUUAAAUCUCUUUCCCCUUGGAUUCAUAUUAUUCUCUGCACUUAUGAGCCCUGAAGGUCAAACUCUUCCUCAUCGGUGGCACUGGGCAAAGAAAAACUGAGCAUUUCACUCUGACGAAUGGCAUUUCAAGUAUUCGGUCUGUUCAGAAAGAGACCAAGAGGCUGUGAAUUGUCGGCAUCGCGUUGUGUUUUUAUUCAGGUAAUCAAUAUUCUUUACCAUGCCUGACACCACAGCGAUAAGUCAUUCCAAUGAAAGAAAAGGACUUGACCUCUUUAGAUUUCUCCAUAAAACAAACUGAGUCAUAUUUCCUUCAAACGGUGUAGGAGAGUUUUUAGGUACUAAUUUCCCAUAUAAAACAUCUGGUGAUUCCCCUGUUCCUUUCUUGGUCUUCAAAUUACUUAAAAGCAUUUUAUAUUGGUCAUAGACAGUGGUCAAAUGGAUUUCUCUGCUUUUGAGGGAAUAAGAGGAAAAGCGAUGUUAUUAAGCACUACUAUGGGUCAGGCUCCUGCUAAUCAGUGGGGAUACAAAAUAUAAGAGAGCAAGACAGUCCCUGUUUUGAAGGAGUUUACCUGUUAGCAAAGGAAGGGGACACUUGAGAGGGGAGUGAUGGCCAAGGAGGAAUGUUCUAAACAGGGAAGUCAGAGGGGUGGCAAGUGGAGACUCAGGACGAUGGACUGGCAUGUCCAUUUUGCUAUCAUAGAUACAAUUACUGUUCUUGAAUCGGUUUGAUAGCUCAUUCUCAUGCCAUAUCCUCAAAGAUCCAAUUGAACUAUCCUCCCAGACCCCCAAAGCCCGAAGCAACUUCUCUGAAUCCCUGAGGUCCAAAGGAGAGGAUUUUGGAUCUGGUAGGCUGUGGUCAUGGAUUCAGAUCCCUGCUAUGAACUACGGGUUCUCCAGGUAACAUAGGAUUGUGGAUUAUAGAUUUAACACUGGAAAGGAUGUUAGUAAACAUAAAUUCUAACCCCUUAUUUUAUGAGUGAGAAAACUGAGCCUGAGAAAGAUAAGGAGGUUGCAAUAGGUAAGAUUUGAACUCAGUUAGGUGGUGCAGUAGAUGGAGUGCCAUGCUUGGAGUCAGGAAGACAUCUUCUCGAAUUCAAAUCUGACCUCGGACACUUAUUAGCUGUGGGACCCUGGGCAAGUCUCUUAAUCCUAUUUGCCUCGGUUUCCUCUUCUGUAAAAUGAAAUGGAGACGGAAACAGUAAAAUUCUCCAAUAUCUUUGCAGAAAAAAAAAAGAAAUAAAAGUCUAAAUGGGGUCAGGAAGAGUUGAAUAUGACUGAACAAGAAUAUUAACAACAACAACAAAUUUUCUUCCCACCCCACCCCUCAGUCCUCCUUAAUCGUGAUUGCUUGCUCCUUGUGUGACCUUGGACAAUUUGUUUAAGCUUUCUGGACUUCACUUUCCUCAUCUGUAAAAUAAAAGGGUUCAGCUCUAAGGCCACAUCUGGCCCUCACUCUAUAAUGCCAUGAUCCUGAAACCCUUAAAGUUCCUUCUAGCCUUUGAUCUUCUGAUCCCUCCUUGCACUUUGCAAACCAUACCUUAGAUAAUUGUUAUAUAUACAUCUAUCUCCUAAGCACCUUGAGGACAGGCACAAAGCCCCAUUGAUCCUUGUACCUCCUACAGGGUUUGUAGGAUAGCUCUAAGACAGAAGAUGCUCAGUUGCUGUUUGUGGAAUGAUGUGAGUGAGGAUGGAGUGAUGUGAGUCUAGGGAAACAUCAUUUUCCAUCUGUAGCUCCACUUCAAGUCAAUUCGAUUCUGCCUUAUUUCUCCAAUGCAAAGGAAGUAAUUGCAACCUCGUUGUUUAUAAAUCUGGAUCCUGGAUUAAACAUUUAUGUUGUCUAUGCAGUAAGCAAAACUACACCAAGUCUUCCACCUCUAAUGAAAAUUUAAUCAGAAUCUGAGAGCAGGGGCUUAUAGCAAGCCCAGAGCACCAAUUGAGGGAGACCUGGCUACUUGAGAGUGGGGAGAAGCAUAUUGCAAACCACCAUCUGGGGCAGCCAAAUCUUUCUGCACCAGCAAGUACCUCUUGUCCCAAUUUGUAAUGACUUCUUUCAAUUCGACUCUUUAGUAUACAAAUGGACAAGGAGGUCUCCCAUGAGGAUCGUGGUUUCCAAGAGAUGGAAUUAGAUGAAAUAGCCAGAAAAAUUUCAGACAUUGGCAAAUGGAGGGAAAUCUUUCAUUUUCAUAGGUUGGAAAUCAACAGUGCAACCCAUCAGGAAAACACUGGAGAGAAAUUCCAAGAGCAUCACAAAUCUACUGAUUCUGGUGCAGCUGGUGCAAGAACACCUCAAGAUAAAGAACAAGGACGGUACCCAUCAAAGGUCCUUUAUUCACUGCCUGCACCCUCUGUCACCUCGAAAUGGGGCAGCUUUCCUGUCUCCCUAGCAAUGGCCAUGGGCCUAAGAAAGAUCUUGUUUGGAAAUACAGUACAUAUCUUCAGCCACGACUGGAAAAAGUCAUGUUUCAAGUUCCAUGAACCUUCUUCAGACCUGUCCUAUGCUCUGGAAAUGGGAAAGGGUGGAUCCAGAGCAAUCCAAAUGGCUGUGCAAGUGCACAUCCUCAAAUACCUUUUAUUUACAUGGAGUGAAAAAGGCAGAGACUUCUGCAGUUUAUGCAGAACAAGCCUUGGAGAACAGAGAGAGGCCCUCUCAGCAGCUCUGGCAGACACUCUGUGGACAGCAGGAGAAAGGCAAAAGGUCAUCAUCUGUGUCAUCACAUCAGAAACUUGUUUUCCCUCAACGGGGGACUUUGAAGCAGAUGGCUUGACUGAGCAAGUGAGUAUGGACAGUUUCGAUCUCCAGCUCUUUGAGUUUUCAGAGAAAGAAGAUGCCAAGAAAUUCAUCUAUGAUCAUUUACAAUGGUUCACAGGGGAAGGAAGACAUGGAGUUAUCUUAUUUCUUUACAGUUUGCUCCUCUCUAGAACAUUUGAAAGGCUUCAGAGGGACCUUGAUAUCAGCACAAGUCAUCUAUUGCAGCCAACUGGUGGGAAUUUCACUUGCGGGCAGGCAAUUCUAAACCUCAUAUUAACAGGACGAGCCAGUCCUCAUGUCUUCAACGGCUACCAGCGAGGAAAUUCUGAAGCCCUGCUGCAUGGAAUCCUGGCCCGCAGUGAGGUGGGCUUUUUACAGUGGAACAAGGAUGGCUCCAGGCAGCAGGAACUCUCACAGGUUGGAAGCAGGUUGAAGACUCCAAAAUUCCCCAUCUGGCUGUGUAGCAUCAAUAGAAAGUGUAGCAUCCUUUUUAGCGACAACAAGUUGCUCCUAUCGGACUGGAAGAUGGAGCACCACUUUGGUCUGUAUUUUUAUAGUGGCCACCCAUCCCAGAAAGAGGCAGCUUGUCUUACAAUAGACACUCAUUCUCACCACUGGGAAGAAGUUCAACAGAACGAGAACUGUGUCCCAGAAAGACCAGUGGAGAUGGUGAUAAGGACAAAAUGGAAAGACGCUUCUGUCAAGUGGAAUGGGACUCUUCCAUUCUUCUGAAGAGAAAGACUUGGUUUCUGUAAAGCAUUUGACACUAGGAACUACCCUCUUUUUCUUUAAAAUCCUUUCCUUCUUUAGCUUCCAUGGCAUCGGCCCCUACUGGUUCUUUUCCUAUAUCUCUGAUCAUGUCCUUUCUGUUCUUUGCAGGCUCCUUAUCCUCCUUAUGACCACUAAAUCCUCAAGGUUCUGUCCUAGGUACUGCUCCCUUUUCUUUAUGCUUUCUCUCCUUUGGUAAGUUCAUCUGCUCCCCUGGUUUCAAUUAUUACCUAUAAAGAGGAUGAUCCAAUUUAUAUCUGAACCUCCAUUUUCCCCACAAUGCCAGCUCUAUAUCUUCUCUUAAUAUUUUAUUUUUUCCAAUUAUAUGUAAAAACAAUUUUAACAGUCAUUUUUUAAAAAUGUGAAUUCCAAA